AUGGGUCUAACGUCACUUGAAGACACCAUAAAAGAUCAGGCAAAGAAACGCAACAACGCUCACUUCAUGUUAGUUGAUGGAAUGUCUAACCUAAUGAAUGAAAAGGUUAAGAGGUGUGACUCAUUGGAUUUCCAUGCUUUUGGUCUCAAAUGGAACUUGGUUAUCCACUCAAGUUGUGUCAAGGACUACUUAUCCUUGUAUCUGUGUAUCAACGACGAACAGUGUACUGGUUCUAAUUGGAAAAUCAACGGUAGUUGCAAACUCGGCGUAGUCUCCCAGACUGGAUCACCUGAUAUAUGCAAACCGUAUGAGGUGUCUUUGGACUCAAAGUAUAUUGGAUUUGGAGUAGAUAGGUUCAUCUCACAAGAGGUUUUGAAGGAGAAGUUUCUUGUGAACGACAAAGCGGUUUUCUAUGCCGAGAUAACCGGAGUCAUACCAAAAUUUCUCAAUGUUACUAGCAUCCCUCGAACCAUGGGGACAGCGGAAUGCCUCAAACUGAUAGAGGUGCCUCGGAACAAAUCUAAAUUCACCUGGAAGAUCACUCAGUUUUCCUCCUUCGAUGGUGAACAUCAUUCGUCGUAUGAGUUCACCGUUGGACCACGGAGAUGGUACUUAGAGAUGUACCCUAAAGGAUGCUUAGAGGGAAAAGGAAAUUCAUUGUCUUUGUUUCUGCAUGCGUCCGAUCUCGUGAGCAAUGUUGUGAAAGCAACAACGGCCAUCUUUAAACUGCGAGUGUUGGACCAACUCAAGCGCAAGCACCAUGAAUUUACGAACGGUUAUCGGUGUAUCACCAAUAGCCGCAAGGGCUUCAACAAGUUUUUGGCGUUAGAGGAACUCCACAACCCUUCCAAUGGAUUUCUGGUGAACGAUACGAUUUAUAUUGGGGUCGAGUUCUUAUUUGUCUCCACACAUGAGUAUCUCUGAUGUGCAUUGAUGGAUUCGAUCAAGAGUCAAGACCAUAAGAAAAAAUAACCUCAUGGGGAAGAAGAAGACGCAUACAAAGCCCCUUUAGCGAGAGCAUCCGCAGCUGAGUUGUUCGUGUGACUAAUGUAAACAAAGGAAAAUACAGAAAACUCAAGAGACAAGUUUAUUAUUGUUAAAAGCAGUUGAUAUCUAAUAGUUUAUUCUAAAACUAGGAAGAAUAUAUUAUUGUUAAAGUUUAUGUGCAUAGUGCACUAGAGAAUGUUGAGGAGACACUGUAUACGCUGAGGUAUACAAAUUGUGCCUGCAAUAUUAAGAACCAAGCACUGGUGAAUAAGGCGAAACCAUCUGCACCAUCCUCUGAUUAAGAUGAUAUGGGCAGGAGAAGAGGAAAGUUGCAUUGCUUUUGUCUUACGCCAUUUUGAAAAUUGACAGCCAUGUUGUUAGAUUCUCGAUGGGGGAGGGGGAACAAAACGAGUGAUUGUGGAA